GUACGCAGUUUCCAAGCUCCAUCAGGCAGUCAGAGUCAGGCAUGGACAUCUGACGGGUAUAAAAAUCUCUGCAGGAUCACGUCGUGAUGAGCAUUGCAGACGCCGGCGUCGUAGAAGAUGGCUGCUCGAGGCGUCGCUCCCAUGCUUGCAGCAGCAAUGGUCGUUGCCGCAUUCGCCGCCGCCGCUACAAGUGUGCGAGCCAUCGGCGUGUGCUACGGCGUGAUAGGCAGCGGCCUCCCUUCCAAGAGCGACGUGGUGCAGCUCUACAAGUCCAACGGCAUCACCAGCAUGCGCUUCUACUUCGCCGACAAGGACCUCCUCACCGCGCUGCGCGGCUCAGGCAUCUCCCUCGCCCUCGACGUCGGCAACGACAAGGUCGGCGAGCUCGCCUCCGACUCCGCCGCCGCCGCGUCCUGGGUCCGGGACAACGUGCAGGCCUACUACCCGGACGUGGACAUCAGGUACGUCGUGGUCGGGAACGAGGUCCCCGGCGCCGCGUCGGUGCUCCAGGCCAUGCAGAACGUGCACGCCGCGCUCGCGUCCGCCGGCCUCGCCGGCAACGUCCGGGUGUCCACGGCGGUGAAGAUGGACGCGAUCGAGAAUUCCUCGCCGCCGUCCAGCGGCGUGUUCAAGGACCCCGCCGCGAUGUCGCCCAUCGUGCAGUUCCUCGCCGGCAACGGCGCGCCGCUGCUCGCCAACGUGUACCCUUACUUCGCGUACGAGUACAGCGACGGCAUCGACCUGAACUACGCGCUGUUCCAGCCGAGCUCCACGACGGUGACGGACCCCGCUAACGGGCUGGUGUACACGAACCUCUUCGACGCCAUGGUGGAUGCCGUCCGCGCCGCGCUGGACAAGGCCGGCGGAGGCGGCGGCGUCGACGUCGUGGUGUCGGAGAGCGGGUGGCCGUCCGCCGACGGGAAGGGUGCCACCGUGGACAACGCGCGGACCUAUAACCAGAACCUGAUCAACCAUGCCGGCAAGGGCACGCCGAGAAAGCCGGGAUCCAUGGAGGUGUACGUGUUCGCCAUGUUCAACGAGGACCAGAAGGACGGGGACCCCACGGAGAAGAAGUUUGGGCUCUUCAAUCCGGACAAGACACCAGUUUACCCUAUCACGCCGCCACCAACCCCAGGUGUGCAUUCCUAUGGCGUGUGCUACGGCACGGUAGCCGACGACCUCCCGCCGCCGAGCGAAGUGGUGCAGCUCUACAAAUCCAACGGCAUCAGCACCAUGCGCGUCUACUUCCCCGACAGCAAGGUGAUGGAGGCGCUGCGCGGCUCGGGCAUCGGCCUCGUCCUCGGCGUCGCCAACGAGGACAUCGCCAACCUCGCCGCGUGCGCGCCGUGCGCGGCGUCGUGGGUGCAGACCAACGUCCGGACCUACCACCCGGACGUGAGCGUCCUGUACAUCGCCGUCGGCAACGAGGUCGACGCCCCCGCCGCCGCCCAGAGCAUCCUCCCGGCCAUGCGGAACCUGCAGGCCGCGCUGGCCGCGGCGGGGCUCGACGGCGACAUCAAGGUGUCCACCUGCGUGAAGCUCGACGUGGUCACCAACACCUUCCCGCCCUCCAGCGGCGUGUUCGCGCAGGCCUACAUGACGGACAUCGCGCGGUUCCUGGCUGCCACCGGCGCGCCGCUGCUCGCCAACGUGUACCCCUACUUCGCCUACCGUGGCAGCAACCCGGGAGACAUCAGCCUCAGCUACGCGCUCUUCCAGCCGGGCACCACGGUGAGGGACGGCGGCAGCGGGCUGGUGUACACGAACCUGCUCGACGCCAUGGUGGACUCCGUGCACGCCGCGCUCGAGAAGGCCGGCGCGCCCACCGUCAGGGUCGUCGUGUCCGAGACCGGCUGGCCGUCCGCCGGGGGCGCGGCGGCCACCGUGCAGAACGCGCAGACGUACGUCCAGAACAUGAUCGAUCAUGCCGGGCAGGGCACGCCCAAGAAGCCUGGGCCGUUGGAGACGUACGUGUUCGCCAUGUUCAACGAGGACCAGAAGCCCGGGGAGCUGACGGAGAGGAACUUUGGGCUCUUCUACCCUAACAAGGCUCCGGUUUAUCCCGUCGUUUUCCGGCGGUGA